GAGGAGAGGAUAAAAGGAAAUGAAAACGAUACUGAUAGCGAUAAGUUGUGCGUUGCUACUGGUAACGGGUGCGAGCAAUAUCAGCGAAGAAUGUAAAAUUCAUGAAAUGACGACAAUCAGCUGUCGUUGCACCGGAAACGAGGAAUUCUUUCUACCAGAAGGAUACAACUACGAAAACGUGACGAGUCUGCGAAUCGCAUCUUGCACCUUUGCGAACCUCCACUUUUCCAGCUUGACGGAAGCGAAUCGAAUUACGGAAAUAAUCGUACAAAAUAUCAGCGAGCGUUUGAUCUUCGAGCUAUUUUUAACCUCGAAGAAAAUGAAACGAGUGAAAUUAUCGAAAAUUGGGCGCAUACCGUUGAUCACCCAUGACACGUUCGUCAAUUUGAACAGCAUCGAAACGUUUCGAAUCGAAGACACGCGAAUCGAUCACUUUCAAGAACGAUUCACCGACCUCGCGAUAACCGACUUGACGAUGAUCAACGUUACCAUCGAACGUAUCGACCAGCUGAACUUGUCCGAAAAGGGUGAAACUCUGCGCAUCGAAAAUAGCCAAUUUCAAAAUGUUACCGGUUCUCUGAAUUUUGCUUACUUUUCCAACAUGGAGAUUCUUCGUUCCACGUUUCAGUUGCAGAAGCCAGGUUACGUGGUGAUCGAGGGUGAUCUUGUUUUCAUCGAAAAUUCCGUAUUUUCGAACGCCAGUGUAAACGUGGUUGCCGCUAACGGCAUUACGAUAAACGGUACUUGCGCGGAUGGGUCGAGUUCUAUGAGACUUUCGUCCAACAACAUUAACAGCGCGAACAAUCGAUUACCCACUGAAAUCAUUUACACGAAGAACAAGUACGGUACGGAACGAUUUUUUAAUCGGAAUAACACAGUAUGUAUCGCUGGAAAUUGCAAAUGUCCGAAAAGUGGUGCUGAAAAUUUCCAGUUUACAAACUACUUCCCCACAUUUCCUUUCCAAUUGCUCUUACCAACUGUCAUCCUGCUAUCAAUUUACUCUUAGAUUCACACCAGAUAGAUUGUCUUUUAAAUAAACCUAAAUGCCCCAUUACCCUCCGAUAAAAUCCCUGUCUUAAUUCUUCGACAUCUUCUUUAUGC